GGGAGCAGGCAGGCGAGCUCGUCCAUUUUCAAACGGUGCCGAAAAUAUUGGUUAGAACUGAGUGCUACGAAUUGGUAGCUGGCGAUAGGCGACAUGGGCUGGAAAGGUUCCUCAGAGCAGAGGGAUGGUGACAAGAGGAGAGAAGAUUGCCAAACCCCAGAUGAUAAAGCCAAGUGCAGAGUGUGCCGCUUCCCUCUGCUUGUGGCCCUCUCGCAGCUGCUCCUGGGGGUGGCCGUCACAGUUGUGGCCUUCCUCACGCUGGCCAUCAGCCCUUCGCUUCUGGGCAGAGAGACGCCACACUGGGCUGGGAUCAUUCUGUGUCUGGUUUCCAUUGUGGGAUUCAUCCUGUACUGUGUCACCUAUCGCCCGGAUGAGCGCUCGACUGCGCAGUUCAUUGUCAAGCUCCUGUACUUCAUCUUGUGUACAAUUGGCCUGGUCAUAUCCGUGCUGGUUGUGGCCUUUGCCGGACACCACCACGCGCAGACCAGCAGCUUCAGCUGUCUGCCCGCUGUCGAGGCCUGCGUGUGCACGUCGGACCCCCGAGACCCCAUAGCUCGCACUUUCACCUACGAGGGCGUGCGUGACUGUCAGGAGAUCAUCGAGACACUCCCGCUCUACUACUUACUGCAGAUCGUGCUGAACCUGGCCCAGGCCUUCUUCUGUGCGCUGGCCGCCUUCAUCAUGUGGAAGCACCGCUACCAAGUCUUCUUCUCCGGCCUUCAAAUUGGAUCCUUCCGGCGGUGGAACAAGGUUUGAAUUGGCGGACUACAGGCGACACACUAACUCGGACUACAGUAUUUAUCACGAUGUCCUAGGCACCAUUUAUUAUUAAUAAAGUGCAUUUUUGUAUCACGUAUGUACGGUGCAACUAUUGAAAACGGUGAAUUGGUUCAGAUGAGUCAACGAAUCACACGCAAAUGUGCAUUCUGUAAAGGAUUUUGACUUGUGCAUUAUUUCCAAACAAGAUGUACAAUACUACAUACUCAAUGUGUUUGUGUUACAGAGCAAAAUGUACAACAUCAAACAGGCAUGUAAUGUGUUCAUAUUUAGUUUUGGUCUUAACUUUCUUAAGGUUACUGACUAUCUCACCUCGCAUGUCGUGGACAUAACCGACACUGCUUCAAGUAUUUCCCUUCUCCUCAUGCACGAUUGAAAAUCAAUGUGUGGUUUUUAAUUUAUUGUUAUACAGUCAGAAAGUCACAUUACUUGAGUGUUCUUUUCAGUGGCAUGUUGUUCAUUCGCUGUAUGUGUGAUGGUGGUGAAAACUGAACAAAUAAGGUAAACAUUUCAAAAUGUAUGGCAUGUUCAUUUUUAUCUAUUGUGUUUCUCCCACUAACUUGCAUGGUUUUCAUUUUGUGGCACAGUGAUCAAAACGGGGUACACGUGCACAAUAAAAUGAAUGAAUAAAUAUCAUCUAUUACUACAAGUUCCCACAAAAGGGAAGUGUAGUUUUAUGUAUUUAUUUAGUAAUACAGUGUGUUUAUUACCAAGGUUGUAGGUUGCUGGGUUGUAGAACUACACCGCUGGGAGAUUUUCACUAUGUAUAGCUAUAUUAGAAAGAUGUUUCUUGCUCAUUUUAAAGGUUACUAAAGCACCCCGAAAAUGAAUUCCAGCUCUCCUAAAGUAACAUUUUUCACCCCCCCCGCAAAAUGCAAAAUCAUACAGUUGUACAAAAAUACACCUUGAAAAUGGUUUGCUCCAGCCAAUCCCUCCCGCCACUCCCCAAGUGGCAUCUGAGCACUCUACCUGCACAAAACAAUAUGCUGCAUGUGCCAGGCAUACAGCAGGAUACUUACUGUAUAUGGCACAUUUCUAUUAAUUUAUGCUAUUAUCAUUACCAGUCCUCAUUCUUGCCACAUUUAACUGGUCACUUUUUAAUAUAGUUGGUGUUACAGAAUAAAAAUAAUCAGGGGGUCAGACAGCCCCACCGUCCUCUGUUUGAAUUGGAAUGACAAAAGUUAUUGAUCUAUCAUGUAUAUGUGAUAAUAUUAAAUCCAAUGUGCUACAGAAUACCUGAUUAACCCGUUAACAUUAUAAAGUUUUCACAAAAGUACAUUUCUGUCAGUGUUUUCCACAUGUGUUACAUUUCAAAUAAAAGUUCCCCAAAACAAGUCCAUGGUCCAUUUUUUGUACUCAAUAUGGGGGCGGUUAAGUCCAUCCAAAAAUGCAUCCAAUAAAAGAGAUUGCAGAGCUGCUACCACAUCAAAAUGAGUUUCUUGCCUCAGAAAUCAGAAGGGUCAGAACACGUUUAUUUUAACAUUUCAUUCCCUUCCUGUUUUUCUGCGUCACAACAUUCAAAUAUCACUGCUAAGAUUUGACAAUUGAGUCACAAAUGUUCUGAAUUCUUUUCUUUCAAAAAUGUGGGAAGGAAAUUGCAAUAAAAUGUACAAAGGAGUAAAAUUCUUUUUUCCGCCCAGGAUCUGGGCACCCUGAAACUUAUGAUCCUCCUCGCUGUAGAGGGUCAAGGCCUCACUGUACUAAACAAUACCAAAUACAACCACAAUAAUAAACAUUGUAAAAUGAAUACCUUUUUUUUUUUUAACAAAUUCAUUCCAAGGUAUUAUUUCUUGUGGCCAGCGAAUGUUAUGGAAAAUGUACAACACAAGCAUCGCUGAAUGCACUUAGUGUGCGUCUCGGAAGGAGCGUGCCAGGCCACCGGCAUGACUCAAUUCAGCUGCAAAAGUCGAAUUCGUGGACUGUCGCAACAAAGAGACAGGAUGAUGCA